CGCAAGGAAAGAAUUCGACGCUGUUCAAGCCCCAACUCAGGAUGACAAAUAUUUCACGCCUUACCAACCAACCGGGAGAGUCUUUAGCCUAUGAUGUAAUCGACCUUUAGAGCAUCCCAGCAGCACAACAGAUCAAAGCUCCAGUGAGCAAAUAAGAUAUAAGCCAUUGUAUUCUCCGACCCAAAAUAACCCAACAGAUGCAAUCCACACGCUCCAACAUUACCACUCCCUUCGCAAACAUGACAUCGCAGCCCUCCAUCGUCUUCCCCAGCGAAUAUUCGCCAGGCACCACAGACAACUUCGUCUCGAACGAAAUCAUCGCCAAAUCCAUCUCCGCCCAGCAGAUAUGGGCCCAGCUCGUCGACAUCUCACAGUGGACCUCGUACUACAAGAACUGCGCCAACAUGACCGUCCCCGACGAGGGCCCGCAUCUCGAAAAGGGCCGCGUGUUCAAGUUCUCGACAUUCGGAUUUCCGCCGCUCACGUGCACGGUGCGCGAGAGCGUUGCGCCUCGGGGGAACCGCGUGGAGGGCAGGUUGGCGUGGGAGAGCAGGACGUCUGAGGGCUUGGCGAUUUACCAUGCGUGGCUGGUGCAGGACCUCAAGGGGGAUAGAGUGCGCAUCCUGACGCAGGAAAGCCAGAUUGGGCCGGUGUUCAGUGAGUGGAGCGAGCAGAAGCCGAAUAAGAUGCUGCUCGGUCAUCAGGAUUGGCUGGAUGGGCUGGUGAGUAAGGUCCGUGGUGAGAGCAUUGGGGAGACGAAUUUGGAGAAAUUUGGGUUCCCUAUUCGACAGCUGGAUGAGGAAGACGUCAGGAAGGCGGAUGUAAAGCUUGGUGUCUAGUUGGGAUCUGCCGAGACAGGUACUGGUUGAGUGGCUGAUUGGGAAAACUAUUAUACAAAUAGGUGGCUACUUUCAGGCACGCAGUUGGUGAGCUUAAUAGUGCUGCAUGAAACCUGCUCCGUUCUCCG